AUGCCCUCCGCUCCUUCUACCCCGCCAUCCAAUCCGAGCGGUCAUAUCACAACAUCUUCCGCGCCUAGCCCAAUGAGCGGCGUUGAGGAACUGAACCGGAAAGAUAGGACGCUGGCAGAAUUCUUACCCAUGAUGGAAAACUAUAACCCGAUCAUCCCAGAUGCGGUGACAGAUUACUAUCUGAGCCGAACAGGAUUCGACUGCGAUGAUGUCCGAAUCAAACGUUUGUUGGCAUUGGCGGCCCAAAAGUUCAUCUCGGAUAUUGCAACAGAUGCUUUUCAAUACUGCAAAGUACGCCAGCAAAGCCAGAAGCGCGCGGCCCCCGGAAAGGAAAAGAAAACGGUCUUGACGAUGGAGGAUCUUUCUGAUGCGCUUGGAGAAUAUGGAAUCAAUGUUAAAAAACCUGAUUAUUAUUUGUAGAACCACUCUUCUCAAGCCCUAAAGAAAUC